CAUCUUACAUAGGAACUAACGCCGAUAUUUGUUUUCAUUUCAUAUUUUUACAUUGAAAUUUUUGUAUUUCAAAUAUUAUUCCUACAAAUAUUUAUAUUCUUAACUAUAAUGGGUGUUACAGUCCUCUUACCAUACCAAGUGCCAGAGGGAAAAAGUGGUUCUCAAUCCAUAGAGUAUCUAACAAAACGUCUUCUAGCAUUAGGUGCAAUACAAACUGGCCAUUUUCUGGUCGACUGCGAGACCUACAUUUCAACACCGCCCAAUGGUCCAUCGAAAACAGUACAUGUCCUUCACAAUUCCGAAUAUCCUGCUUCGACUUUUUCAAUUCUGGACAAUGGAAGCCGACACAUUCCCUUAGUAGCCGACAAUUUGUUCGAUUUGUUGAUGUUGAAGAUGACUUCAGUGUAUUCCUCGAAGAAACAAACUAAAAUCGAAUCAAAAGGCACGCGUUUUGAAUACGGUGAUUUUGUUAUAAAAUUAGGGAGUGUUGCAAUGAUGGAACACUUCAAGGGCAUCCUAAUUGAAAUGGAAUACCAACCGUGUGUGAUGCUCUCUAAUUGCUGGGAAAUGAUGCGAGAAGUGUUGCAAGGAUUCCUUGGCAUCGGUGUUCCUCCAGUGUAUCCAAUCUAUUUCCUUAUGCCGUCGAUCAGCAAUAUGGGACAUACAAAUAAACAAAACGAAAUUUAUGAACCUAUUGAUACAAUCAAUCAGUAUUUGGAACAUUUUACUCACUACCGGAAGCCUUCCUCUACGAGCCAUUUACAAGUUCCACCAGGCAUGAGAGUGUAAUACAGUUUUCAGUAAAAUGUAGUAUAUUAUAAUAAAAAUAGUUUAAAAU